UGGCGAACUAACAGCCAUAAAUUUCCCGAGUGAUUGUUGAUCUGGUUUCGAGUGCUUGCUUAUCUCUUAUCGUCACUGAAAUGAAUGAGCACAAUGUAGGAAACCCAUGAUGAGUAGCGUUUCCUGUUGCGGCACGGCACCGAAGCAGGGAAGCACCAAAGGAGAAUAAGGAAAAGGAUCAAGUAAAUGGGAGAUGGCCGAAGAUGUCUCAGCCUUUCCGCCGUCGUACAGUGAAGCCACCCGACAGCACGCGUCGCUUGGCGGUGGUUUGACUUUUGUGGACUUUCUGCCUUACUGCAUUAGUUCAGGAGGACUUUUCAGCACACCAACGUUCGAGCCUUUUAGGGUUCUUAUAAACCGUGCAAAUGAAUGGCUCAAAGAAAACCCCUCGUGGGAGGUCAAGACAUGCGAGAGCGUUGAGUUCAAGACCUCGUCUGAAGUGGUCAAUACCGAGCGGAUGACAUACUACGAGUACGGGGAGCAGAGCACACGAUAUGUGAGAUGCCUUAGGUUGUGGCUUGUGCCUCGUUUGGAUCAGAGUCGCCCACCGCAGCAGAUUGAAUAUUGUAAUUUGAUUCCGCAGCAGACGGGGCACACUGGCUUGUUUGGAAUGCCCACGUUUGAGACACUCCACGAAGUUCUCGAACGGUAUAAUUUUCAGGUCCGCUAUCAGCCUGCUCCAGGAAGGGUCCUUGCAGUUGAGACGCAGGAGAUGAAGAUACCGAGCUAUUCAAACUUUGAUCCCGAUCGCUCUUACUGGUCGGAGCAUGGGGGACGAAACCGACAUUUUCUUUUUGUGAUAAGAGUGUUCUUUGAAGUUGGUACAAGUGGAAACGAGGAGAUAGGAGCUGCGGACUUUGUUCCGAAAUGCACUUCGACUGGAGGCCUAUUCUCAUUCCCACGGUACGAGCCCUUUUCCAACGUGGUCGCACGGUCGUCGCAGUGGUGCUCACAGCAAGCAUCUCUGCGAUUCUGCAACGCGCAGUCGCUCGAGAUCAAGCUCAAGUCAGGCGCGACAGUCGACACGCAGCGCAUGUCCUUCACGGAGCACGCGGAACGCUCGACGUUCUACGUGCGGGUCCUUCGGGUCGCAUACACCAAGGAGCCCGUACCAACGGCUGAAGGUGUGCUGCCACCCAGCCCACCGCUUCAUCUGCAGUGCAAGACAUUCAUCCCGCUGCAGCUGACAAGGGGGUUCUUUGUACCUGAAUUUGAGUCACUGUCCGCAACAAAGAAACGUGUCGAAGCGUGGAUUAGGGCAACAGGGGCUCGUGUACUGAGCUGCGAAACAGCCGCCAUGCGCCUUUUUGCGAACGGCAAAGCACUGACCAGCAUCGAGAGCAGUUUCACAUACAACAACGGGAAUCGAAACGAAUACUGGAUCUUCAUCCUGCGCCUGUAUCUUGACGGAACAUAUCAGGAGCCUCCGACGGGUGAACUGCCUCCACUGCCAGAAGUACGCGAUGUCGGGUGCUGCAACCUCAUCUGAGCGUGGGCUGCUCUCAAAAGGGAAGACACACAGCAAGACCCGUGACUUUGCAGCAUGUGACACACUGUUGAUGUAUGGUGGAACUGAUGCCUGAUGCUGGUACUCCCAAGGACGCUGCACAAACCAUGAAUGCAAUACAUGUAUAUCUCGAAGGGGCACUAAAGUGCAAAAUUUCUCCUUAACGGAACGAAAGAUAACGGUUACCUUGACAGUAAUUCAAAAGGAACGGCAAUCAUCCCCGAUGAGUAGAGCCUGAACUUGGGCAGAGAAGAAACAGGACACGCGGAUGAGAGUUUAAAAAUUCACCCCUUGCAUUAUUCAUGACUUGAACGCAAGGGAAAUCACAAUUUGCACUUUCCCUCUUCUGCCCUUCUCAAGCAGCAUCAGGGAUUUUCCCAGCACCCCCAACAACCCUGAAAUACCGGCCAGAAAGGUCAAAAACACCGCAAAAGCAGCGGAUAUGACACAACCGAAGAAUCCUGCUCCUUUUGUACGGCAGUCAAGGUAACGGCGUCUUUCGUUCGGCGGGGAUAAAUUUCCGCCACUUUAGUGCCCCCGCGAUCAUCGUCACAAUACUGUGUACGCUCUGCCGUUGUGAAGACUUAAUGUUGAAGACACUGUAUUUUUUCAAGGUGCAUAGUGAACAGAAUCUUUAGUGAACAGUGAAUGUGAGUGAACGUACCACCGGAAGCUUUUGUGGCGAGGUGUCAUUCGGAGCAGUACUGACCGGAUCACAAGAACCUUGCGGACAUUGUGUGAAUACUAGUGCAAGGACUCCCGAGGGAUCGCCUUCUUUGUACAGACGGCCGCAUACUGCCAGGUCUUUUCUGUUAGAGCACAAAAUAAUGGCAGUCGAGCAGACCUAAGAAUGGCUUGUCAGGUGGUGUGUGAAUUAGUAUUAUUAACAGCGGGAAGCCGUCGACCUCCGUUUAUCUGGCACUAGCCGUUUCCGGAGAAGAUGUCCUGACAUCUGAAACUCUCCAUCUUGUUUUGAGCGAAAUUGUUAACUGUUGCUCACGAUGUUUACUUCAGAAACAUUAUUCAUUCGUUUAAAAAAAAUGUCUGAGCCAAUCUCAGUGCACAUAGAGUAUUCCCAAUGCUGGGUUCCUCCUCUCACCGGAUUAAUGGUUAUCAACAGCGUUAACAGCUUCAUCCCUAGUGCUAGUGUCAUCUUGUUGGUCAGUGUUGACGCACGCCAGAACUGUGGUGUCGUCCACAGCUGUUGAACUUAGCUUCUGCAUUCAAGAACGCAGCUCUGCAAGUACGCAGCUUAGCGUAGCCUGCAGUGCCAACACCAACUAGACAGAGAGAGCCUGCUUGCUUGUCCAUGCGACGCAACAGUUAAGACUCAGCAAAUCAGUGUUUUCAACGGCGGCAGCCAAUCACGAACGUGCUUUCAGCGGUUGUGGCCAUGGAGAUGAACCACCGUCAUCUGCAAGUUUGUGAUUGAACGGCCCUGUGUACUAAAUGGGAAAACUUGGAAAUUAAGCGCAAAACGGUCUUAAUCUUUCUGAAAACUGAUUUUCUGGGAAGUGCCUUGCAGUUUUUGUCUAAAUACUUAGGCCUACGGGUUCCGGGUGAGCUGCAGUCAUUUGCGGGUUCUUGAGUUCGCAGAACGGAGAAUCGCGGUAGCAAACGAAUUCCGACUAUUAAUGUCCAUGUAGCGAACAAGGGAGAGGAGGCAAUAAGCAGGCCUUCUGUAUAUAGGUGGUGUUGGCAGUGCACUGGACUAGUGAAUAUGCAGCACAAUGGGAAAGAGGGAGCUUCCUGGAAACCGGAAUUUUUUUUUCCAGACCCAAAAGCUCGAGCUUGGACAGACGAAGACAAAUUUGGCGGACUGAAAUUUGUCCCCGUGUUUCUUUUCUGGAUAGCACUGAAUGCAGAUAAGUGAUUCCCAGAUAAACGUUGGCCAACUGUAGUCUAUAAUCGUUUCUCAUCAAUAUAUGAGUAUUGCACGAGCAUACGUCGCAUCCCUUUCAAUAUGUUAUGGGAACAGCCGGGGGGGAAGAGCCGCCGAUAUCUGGAACAGUCUCUGUUCCAAAUAUCGGCCGCUCUAGUCCUGAGGCUGUUCCUUUAACACUUCUGCACCAGUUCGCUGGAUUUGCUACCCUUCUACCCAUUUCAAUAGUAGGCCUUUUGAGCAUUGUCGUCUGCUUGCCUACGUCUGCCGUCUACCUGCCAUGCCAUCCUUACGGUUAAUGUGACAAUAGACAUCGACUUCAUAUAUGGCCACUUCCGCUCAUUGAACAGUAAAGGAGAAGCUCUACUAUGAACCAGUUGUUGCUUUACGAAAACCACUGCAAUCAAAACUGCGAGAGGAGCAUUCAUGCUCGAUGUGAAUACACAACUGUUGGGGCUCCGCAUAUUUAUUGAGGUUGCACACCGCUGUUCAUACGUAAUUGUUUAGUUUAACUUAAUACAUUGAUGUACCAAACUCUACCCAAAUUUUAUCGAAACCCUCUUAGUUUUGCUCAGUAAGCAAAUAUUUAUUUCGCUGGUCAAAUAUGUUAUAAAUAUUGAAGUGUUUUUAUGACCUAUGUUGUGCUGAAGCAGCAGGGAAGAGUUUCCUAGAAUGAAAAUAAUGACAGUUUCCACUCGUUA